AUGGCGGAUCCUCCAUCAACGGAGGCCCCUAUGCUUCCAGCCCUUGAUUUCGAACCAUCGCUUGGACGCAGCACGCACGAACUCGCUGUCUCCGCGUCCACCUCGUUUGUCCCUCCCGGUGUUGAGACUGACGGCCGCAUACCUGUCUCUAUCGGGACCAUCGAGCACACGACUGCCCACAAGCGGGCAGGAACUUCUUUGCUGGACGCAGUUAUGGAUGCGGGCAACGCAUACGCACUUCCCGCGGCUCGUAGCGAUGUCCUGGAUACGGUGUUCCCCGACGCGCCUCAGGGAAACGUUAUCGCGCAUCCAGAGCCGGCAUACACCGGUACCUUCGAGGAUCGGUCGCGCCCGAAACCAUUGGCACGUUUGCAAGACGGAGGGGCAUCACGCGCGAAGGUGGCUGCUGCGCAGGCUCUCAGCAUUUAA